AAAAAAAAAAAACCCUGCCCAACUAGCAUCCAAUGGGAAACGACGGCGGCUCCUUCUUCCGCCGCAUCGAGAUGGUCCGCGUGCGGGCCGAGCGCGAGAAGCUGGCCAAACCCGAUGCUCUUCACGCACAGUGGGCCACCUGCUUUCUGAGCUCCACACCCUUGGUAGAUCUUGUUUUGGCGGAUGGUGUGACCACGUCCAUCGUGGCCUGCCCGCUGGGGCGACUCUACUCACGCGAGGCGGUGGUGCAAUUCCUCCUCCGCCGUCGAGAGGUCACCAUCUCCGAGGAUCCCACGGCCCAUCGUCCCGACAUGGCGCAUAUCCGCCGGCUGAAGGACCUGACUGUGCUCAAGUGCCCACUCGCCAAUUCGGGCCAGUACUUUGUGUGUCCAAUCACCGGAAUUCCCCUGAACGGCACCAAUCCAAUUGCCCAGGCCCGGCCAUGUGGGUGUGUGGCUGCCAUCAGGGCCUGGGCCAAUGCCGGUGUCAUUCGCCGGGAGCCCGGCGACUCGGGCCUGCCGGAGCCCCUGCCCGAGUCGGCUUGCCUUGUGUGUGGGCAGCCACUGUCCGAGCAACUGGGACUUGUUCCCCUGUAUCCGGGGCCGGAAAUGGAGGACCUUGUACGCCGGCGAUUGCGUGACAUUUCGGCCAUUGGCCGGGGCUCUCGCGGAAAGGCACUCCGCUCGGAUCGCCGGGUUUCCCCGGAGCCUGCCUGUGCACCAGGCACCGGUAUCGACACCGGGGGCCUCCUGCUUCCGAUGGAGGGGGCCGCUGGUACCGAAGGGGAGCUGCCCUCGACCGGGUCGCCGAAGGACCACUCCGCUCUGGCGGGUGCUGAGCUCCCGCGGCCGAAGAGCCAGCCAGGGGAUCCUGGUCUCGAGCACCCCCGCGACCGCGGUUCCGAUCGCACUCCAAACGGCCACCUCGAGCGCGCUCUGGACCAUAGCCAUGACCGGCGUCCGGAUCGCAGCCCCGGCCCCCAUCGCCAGGGUCAAAGGCUCGGCCGCCUUUCGCAAGACCACGCGGAGGACCGGGUGCGCGGCCACAGUCCCGGACGUCGUCGUAGACGCAGCCCCGGGUCUCGGGAAGCCAGCCCCAGCCGCCGCCGAGACUGGGACCGGGACUCGCUCGAUCGCCACCCGCCCCGGGGCCUGCGUGGCCACCAUCGGGAGCAGGAUGCACAUGGUCGCCAUGACCGCAGCCCGCGCAGUCCCCCUCGCCGGCACCAUCCUGACUCCUCUGGCGAUGGGUACCGCCGACAAGAUCGCAGCCUGGAUCUGGGCCAACACCGUGCCCGCCGGUAGAUGUGGCGCGCAUUCGGGCGCAUGCAUUCUCGACGAGGCAGACGCGCGACGCCUGGGCGUGAAAAAGGCCGCAGUUCGAGGUGGUGCCUCGGCUGAUUUGAAAAUAACACGUGGAUUGUGGUGCUCCACAAGGCACUCACGAAUAGCCCAUCCUCCGGGGAAGAC